AGCGCGGGAAAUUGAGAACUCGAGGAUCUUUUCAAGUUUUAGCGAACAUUGCUCAAAAUUGUUGGAUAUUCAAGUGCUAUUAUGGUGAAGCGUAGCGAGGGCGUCGGAUAAUAUGGUGACAGGGUGUUUUGUUUUGCUUGUGUAACUGGAAAAGCCUCCAACAGGCGUUAUCUAUACACUUCAUAAAUGCUCUAUGGUGAAAUUCACACGAAUGACACAACAUGCUGUCAACUUUCAUAGAUGGAUUUUCGUGUUAGCGAUUCUUUUCUCCGCGGCAGUCACCAACGGUAAAUCUCUUAAAGAAGCCCGUUGAUAUUUCUUUGAGGGAUUUCUCUUCCAUUUGUUUUUGGUGCCCAUUAAUCUUGCAAGAUCGAGCUUUAAACGUGAUGAAUUGUGAUUCUGUGAUUCUUUGGAGCAAAUCCAUAAGUGUGGCCGCGCGAAUGAAGAGCGUUGAGCUGCUCUUUCAAGCGGUUUGGCAUUUUUUUAUCACUAUCUUGCAAAUCGAUUUUCUGACCGACUAAUUGUGGACACUAUUGGAUAUGAAAGAGUUCACUUGACCAACAUGUGUUUGUUUUUGUUUUUGACUAGUAGGUACCCAACUUCAAUCAAAGUCAUGCACGAACCAGCAAGCCUCCAAAAACAGGAAUGCUUUUAGUUUCCGCACAUUUGGAAAUGUUUCUAGCCUUGAGGACUGCGUGGAUCUUUGCUGCGGAGAUGAAACUUGUGAGCUGGCGAUUCUCUCCAAAGGAUUCCACUGUUUUGGUGUGUCCUGCUUCGAACCUAAAGUUUGUCAUAGAAUUUUGGAUCGCUUGUUAAUGGACGAUGAAAGGGAAAUUGGACGAAGCUCGAGAAAUACAGGUAAAAUAUAGUACUUUUAAAAUAGUAGAGUUUCUUUCUCGAAUGUUCUGUCGAUCUUUGGAGUUUGUUGUUGAAAUCUUUAAAUGUAACAGUUGAUUAAUUCCAAGUGAAAGAGAGAGAGCUGUACUUUCCUUUGCUGUUGCUGAUUAUGCUGUUCCAGGUAGUUCUUACUUGUCUUUCUGUCUAACUCUAACCAUUCAAAUGGAAGCUACUGUUGGCCUUUUUAUUUUGCUGUACAAGGUAGUUUUAACUUUUGUUUCUAUUGAUGAAAUCCUAUGGUGUGACCAUUCAUAUGAAAGCUAUUGUGCAAUACUUUCCUCAGUUGCUGUUUAUUGCGCUGUCAAAUUUUCAGCUUUAUGCGUUGAUAAAAUUUUUCUUUGAAGUAUUAGUCUUUGUGAUGAUAACCAUGGUGUAAAAAUUAUUGUAUUUUAUUUUCAUUGAUUUAACAUUUUUGAAAAGAAAAUACGUGGGAAUGUAUGGUUUUUAUACGGCACAUCUGAAGUGAAGUGAGGACCUUCAAUUUUACAAAAAUUCUCCAUUCUUUCUUAGAGAGGCUGCGUCACCGCUGUCUAGUGUAUUUUGUUUUUAGAGAGUUAAAAUCAAACGGCAAACGCGAAUUUGUACCAAGUGACCAAGUUUUCCCUUUACUUGUCGUUUACUGUUCGUUAUUUCUACACAUAAAUAAGUAGCUUCACGCAAUGUUUUAUCCAUAAGAAUUGUUUUUUUAUCUGCUCAUUUUCUAUUUUGAGAAAUUCUCAACUUGAAUCUUACGUUUGUCCUUUGCCGUAUACGUGAAGCUCAAACUGUCUGUUAAUGCCGAUUACGCGGCCUUAUUCGCAAUGGAACUUGAAAAUUACUUGUAAAUAGCAAAAUCGCAGCUUCGUGUCAAACAAAUAUAUCUCCCAAGCAGUAUAUUUAACAAUUAUUCCUCGAGCCCGAAUGGGCUGUUGACUCAGAGGCCAUGAGGGUGAGAGGAAUAAUUGUUUUAGUAAAGUUGGUCAAAAAUAUCGAGACAAAACAACUUUAGCUUUAGCUCUAGCAACUUUAGUCGCCAUUGUUUUGGUUUGCAAAGCCGGUGCUUUUCGCUAAUAGUGGGCUAUAACAUAUAGCCUAGUAGUAGCUCAACCAAUCAGAAGGCAACGUUGAUAAUAGACCACUACUUGGAGUUUAGUAAUAAACGUUAAAACCUCAAAAUAACAGGGUGUCAAAAAACACCAUUGCAAUUUCACGUUUGUCCGUCCGUUCCUCCUUCUGUAUUUGCUGUGUUAUCUUUUCAUUUUCUGAGCUGUUAUUUAUAUGGUAUACUCAGUUUGGUGGCGGUUUCCACAGCUGUUUAAAUUUUCUUAAAUUUCGUUUCUUUUAUUGCUUCAGAUGAAUUCUGUUAAAUCUAUCACUCUGCACAGGCAACAAUGAUGGGCAUUGUGCCUUUUACUUACAGAUAGACACCUUUCAAGUUAACAUAAUGAUGAGUAACAAUGAUAGUUCCUUUUUUACAUGGUGCCUAAAACGGCAGCUCUACAGUGAAUUCUUUAUGUGAGAGAUUUGGCUCUGAAAUUAAAAUUUCUUGAUUUCUGAAAGAGUCCGUUUGAAGCUAUGUUGCUUUCUUUCCUCUCAGGAGAAAAAAUUUCUCUGGAAGAAACUUAACUCUGGUAGGUCGGUACUUCGUCAAAUGUGCAAUCUCAGGGUUACGCGUGCGUAUUUUGUUAGCUGAAAUGUUGUUUAGUGUAGAAAGGUGAUUUUGGGGGGUGUCUGCAACAGGUGGGGGUGUUCUGGAAAUUGUUUUUAGACUUUUCAAUUUGAUGUUGUGAAUCAUGUGAAUUGGCAAAUUGUGCGCUCUCUGUGCCUGUCUUGCUUCCAGAGUUACCAAAAAAAGUAUCAAAAUGUAGUUUGCUAAAGUUCUUUUUCAACUACUAUCAAUCUAAACAUUAUCGAUGACCAGCCUGCUUAGGAUAUAUCCAUGCUAAAGGACUUUAUUCUUAAGGGUCUAAUUAAAGUUAACAGUCGUUUAUUCCAACUCAGUGUGUAAAAAUCAACCCGAAACAUAAGCGUUUUUGCAUGAAGAUAGGCUUUUAGGCACUUAACAUGAAAUUGCGCCUUAAAGCCAUCAUAUGCGAUUUGUACAACCGUUUCAUUUUGUUAGAGUGUAAAAAUUUAAGAGGUGCUAACUAAGAAGCGUAAAAUGCUUUGAAAGUUCCUGGUGGUUCAAGCGGGUGGCUGUAUAGAACUGAGUGAUAAAAUUAUUAGAACUUGUUAUUUUGAUGUAGCCAACCAAGCAAAUAAAAGUCCAACUUUGAAUUCAAAAACAAAAUUGUUUGGAACGACCCAUAUGUGGUUAAUUUGAAUCAUUAUUUACAACUCCUGUAUUGAUUUAUUAUUAUAACUCAAUGAAAAACGGAUAAGAACAAGAUGGUCGCUGCAAUUACCAUAUACAUCCAACUAAUUAGUCAAUUUGGAGAGAUUUAAUUAAUUAACAGGGCUGUGUUCUUAAGAAAAGUAGCACAACAGCGAAAUAAAUCUCUCCCUUAAGCAGGAAAAUGUCUGCAUAGAUUCGUAUGAAAACCGCCAAUACUAAUUACAAAAUAGUUUCUAAUUUCUUCUUUUGGUACGUGAUGAUGGCGCAGUAGAGAAAGCAGUCGCCUGUUAUCAAUUUACCCCGAAUUUUAAACUCGAAGGCAAAGCGAUUGUGGUUUGAAUCUGUUCUCCCUUACUCUGAGAAGAGCGAAAUCAAAACGAACAAAGAUGAACAUGAACAGCUUCCCUUUUGACGGAUAAAUAUCUUGACUUGGGAGCUGUUUUCUUGGAGGCAAGAAGAUCCUAGAAGGCGGAACAACUUUUCGUUGGUACCCAGUAGAGAGGGAAUUAGAGAUGGUGGGCGACAAAAACAAAAUGCAUUUUUGGCCCUUCUGCACUUUUAACUAGCGUUAAUAACUGACUACCUUUGAGCAGAAUUAUCACAAUAAUCAGCUCGUAGUAACCCCAAACGAAAUGACUGGCCUUUAUCGCCGUGAUUACCCACUGAACGACCCGCCGCCAUUUUUGUCUGGUUUGUCCCAAGUACUAUAAUCUUCCUAGCGAAGGUAGUUUACAUGGUGCAAGGAUCUUCCUAGAACAAGCAUCUUACUACCUCUCAGCGAACGAAAGAAGAUCCUAACGCUAGCGACAGGUAAAACACUUUGCUCGUAAACUGAAUACGGAAAAAAAUAUGGCGCUAGGACAAUCCGCCUUCUAGGAUCUUCCUCCGUCCUAGUAACCAGCCCCUUAGUAUAUCAAUGUUUGGUACAUCGCCUAUACCAUUUUAUGGGGUCAAUACGUUCUCUUCAAAUGUCUCGUUCUCCAAAUUUCUUCUUGGUUUCAUUCAAUCCAAACUCCUGGUUUCCAUACUAAUCUUUCACUUACUAUGUUUUUUUCUUGUCAGUACAGUCGACUCCCGAUAACUCCAACCCUCCCUAACUCGAACCGCGCGCUAACUCGAACCAAAAUCGAUUUCCCCUGGAUUUCCGUCAUACAUUCACUGAUAUUUUACACUCGAUAACUCGAACCCUUGAUAAUUGGAACUCCCUCUAACUCGAACCAAUUUUCGUUUCCCCUCAGGUCAUUUUCUAUAUAGUUUUACCCUCGAUAACUCGAACCAUAUUUUGAGCCCUUAAAAAGUCGGGAAAAAAACCGUCUACGGGCGUCCGAAUCAUUAAAUUUUGGAUUUCCUAUUGAUGUGUUGUAGGAGUAUAGUUUACUGGUGGAGGCUGAUGUUGAUUGUCAGAGGCUAACGUGAAGCAGUUUUUCUUCCCAAAACAGUAAAUUUAGGCUAUGUUUUGUCACGUUACGUUCUUAUUUAUAUCUGGAAGGCUCUUUUAAUUUUCACUUGACAUUUCUACAAUUAAAUGUGAUUAAAAUGUUCACUGUGCAGUAAAAACUGUUUUUUACUUUACUCUCGGCUAUUUUCUUCGAACUCCAGGUAACUCGAGCUCCCGAUAACUCGAACCUUUUUUCGAUCUCCCUUGAAGGUUCGAGUUAUCGGGAGUCGACUGUACAUUAUAAUUCCCCUUUUUACUUCCAGGAAGGAAAGAUUUUAUCAGACACACUUCUCAAAUAGCGAACCCAAAGUGCCCGCAACGAUUUGUACCUAGUUUCCAGGUCCUUCUCCUGGGAAGGAGAAGUCCACGUGAUGUUUAUAAACUGCGUGCGCAGCCAACAGAUGCCAGCCAAUGCAGCGCUCAGUGCUGUAGGUCACGUGACUGCUCGCUAUCCUUCAUCGAAGAUGACGAGUGCUUUGGCGUUACCGGUGCCAUUGGUAACGGUACAAAUUCAGAACAAGGAUCAAGAAUUGGUUUGCAAAUUGCCAUAAUUGACAGAAACAAAGGUUGGUCAGUUUCGUUGAAUUUUAAGAAGGAUCAAUUCUUCAACACCGGCUUAGAUAUAUGACUACGUCCGUAGCACUCUAAUCAUAGCCUCCCUUAGCAUUCACCUAAACUAAGGUGUGCUAGUAAAUGGUUUGUAGGUCGCAUUUUGUAGGUCGCAUUUUCAUUUUCAGUUUGUAAGUGAUUUUCAAAGUAAUAGAUGGCCUUGCUUUACCUUGCUAAAAAGUCUCGCUCGACAGUCUUAACCCAUGAGAAGGUGGAGUAAUCCCAAGCAAGAACUAAACGCAGUAUGCUCGCAAGCCUUAAGCUUUCUCGGUACUUGAAUCCAGCCGCCUUGAUGUUCUUUAAGGCGAUAUCUUACCGGUCUCUUUAUGUGUUAUAUGACUGACCAGAAAAUGAAAGCCAGGUUCUAGUUAGACAAAAGCAUAAACACAAGCCCGAGCAUACGAAGCUUGUGCUGCUACUGUGAGGACUACCGCAACAUAGGCUUUUGCAUAAUAGUGUGAAACUUUGUCAAUGUUCUUUUUGUGCUGAAAUAAUGCUGACGCAUAGGUUGAUGUUAUUCCUAGAGAGAAAUUUGCGACAUUUUUUUCUUCUUCUUCUCUACUGUCAUUUAUCUAAACGUGGCGGUGUCCAAUCUUGCCGCUACUUUGGACACUCCACACAUAUGUACGUUAUCUCUUCGUAGCCUAAUGAUUACUCAUUACCCAUUUUUUCUUCUUCUAUUUGUAUAUAACUUGCGUAAAUGCCCUAAAAAGAAGUGUAAAAUGAGUUGAAUUGAAUAGCAUAAGAGCAAGCUGUUUUGUAAAUAUAUGAAAUAACUGCUUUUUGUCAUUAUUUUCACAGAGGUAUCCAGAAGCCUGGACGACGAUGACGAAGAUCCCGAUGAACUGGGUUCCGAUGAUGCAGACAAAGACACGCCUACUACCAAGCCGGUGGUCUCCACUAUAACAUCUAAAUCAAAGCUUAGACAUUUCACCGAUAUUCCUAAGAAAGGAAAAACGCACAAGUUGGCAGCGGGUAAAAUUGCGUCAAGCUCAGCCAAAGAAACUAAACGAACGUUCUUAUCUGGUGCGCAUAUCGCUGCCAAAUCAGAUGUAACAUAUUCCAGGGUUCCGUUGAGGAAAAUGGGUGCCACAGAAAAACGUAAACAAAUAUUAUCAUCGGGCAAAGACAGUUUUUCUCACGUAAUAAGUAAAACCAGAGCGUUAAACGUAAAUGGAGCUGACAAACAGGCCUCAGAAGUGUCUAACAUGGUGACACCCCCUGAUUCACCUGCCAGAAAAGAAACGACAAUCCAUGGACGUACACGGGGAAACGAAACACCCAAACAUGAGGGACAUUCUAGUCCCACUUUAGUUGGUAAUCGUCAGUAUCAAGCCAGUGAUCUUUGGAACUUCAAAGGGUCGAAAUUUGACCUAAAGAGCCGGAAGGUUCGUGUUGAAAGUUUUGCCAGUCAUUCUGCAGAGAAGAGCUUUUUGGAAGAUGACGAAAUAGGAAGUUCUCAAAACUUUGAUAGCAGCAGUUAUGAAAAGGAGGGUUUAAGCGCUGACGGGGAAAUGAGUGGAGAUGAUGUCGUAAGUGGAGAUGUUGACUCAAGUGGGGAUGGUGAUUUGGGUCGAUAUGGUUACUUAAGCGGGCACAGGCUUCCAAUUAGAGCCGUUAAAGAUUCCAGUAAAGGUUAUAACGAUGUAAGUGGAGAAGGAGAAGGCCAGAACGACUCUGAGGACGAAUCAGGUUAUGAUUCAAGUGGAGAAGAUAAACAUUUUAGUGGAAACGAUGAUGAUUUUAGUGGAGACAGCGUUGACACGAUGACCUAUAAUCCAAUGCGACACAAAGUAUCUGCCGGGGAACGCGAGGAAUACGAGACAACCAGAAAAACGGUUGACGUAAACUUUUCUGGUUCCGGUGACGGGGAAAGUGAUGAAGGUUCUGGAGAUAACAGUGAAAUUCAGAAGAAAACGUCCUUGAAUAAGAACAAUAAAAAACGUAAAAUGGAUCUUGUUGAAGCUUUAGAUGACCUUGACGAAGGCACCACUAGAAAAUCAGGAAGCGUUGUUCCUUUACCUCAACGCGGAAGUGCGAUGAUGAAAAGCAAAGUUAAAGCAAACAGCAGUCAUCCAAAUUCCCAAGAAGAUGUCAAAGAGAUAAAGAGAAGUAAAAUUAUCGAGCAUCUGAAUGAUCUCGGGUCUGGGGACGCCGAUAGCGAAAAAUCUUCUAAAGAAGUUGCAAAAUUGCAUCAAGAAGCAAACAAUUCAAGAGAGGAAGGCGAAAAGAAGGUAAACAAGAAACUCCGAAAACUUAAACACAGAGACAAUACCAGAGAGAAAAGUGACCUUAUGGAAGAAGCAGACGCUCUCGGAUCAGAUGAUGAUGGUAAUGAGAAAAUAUCGGAAAGCGUUGAACAUUUGCUGCACGAAACUACCAAUUCGGCAAAGAAACGGGAAAAGGUAGACAACAAGCAGAUCAGUCCUAAACAAAAAGACAGCCUAAGAAGGAAGAGUGAACUUGUCAAUGAUCCGGAUGAUCUUGGAUCAGACGAUGAUGAUGAGAAAAAAGCAAGAAAAGCUACACAUUUGCUUCAAGAAACUAGAACUUCGAAAACAGCAAAGAAGUUGCAAAAGGCAGGCAAGGAGACCAUAAAAUUGAAAGAGGACAGUAUUAGUAAGAAAAGUACCAUAGCUGAAGUUCCGAAUAGUCCUACAUCAGAUGAAGGUGAUGAUGGAAGCAAUCGGAAAGUUUUUAUCGCGCAUAAACAAUCUAGCAUUUCAGAGGCUGAAAACCAAAAUAAAAAGUUCCUGGGAAAACAAGUGAUUGUUAAAUCCCAAAAAGAAGGAUCCAAACGGGAGGAAAUUGAGCACGCUGAAGAUCCAGAUGAACUUGGGUCAGAUAACGAUGACGAGGAGAAGGUAUCAAAAGCGCUUUCGAGAUUGUCUUACCAAAUAAGCACUCCAAAAGUGUCAAAAAACAGAAAAAAUCAUCUGGCUCUCAAAAAAGAAGGCAUUGUUAAAGAGAAAGUGAAUCUUGUCGAGGAUGUACAUGAGCUUGGGUCGGAUGACAGUGAUCCGUUGUCGGCCAAUCAAGACACUUCAAGGAAAAUGGCGACGAGAUUACCUUCGCAAACUCAAGUUUCAAGGACAGGUAGAAAGCAACAGAAAUUCAAUAGGUCAAGUUCGACAAAAGAAAAAAUAGAUUUUGUUCAAGACUUAAACGAUCUCGGCUUGCAUGACGACAAGAGUGGUAUAAGUAAGUUAAGAAAACACGACGCCUUGACGCCAACAAAAGUUACCAAACUAUCGAAAACAUCAAACCGUUCGAUAUCGGGCGAGAAAAAUAAGACUGUCAAAUAUCUGAAAUCAAGCGACGGACAAACUGCGAGUAAUCUUAACCUUGCUGAAGAUUUGGACGAUCUCGGAGCAGACGACGAUUACGUUGAUGAAACUAAACCAGAACAACCCGCUUUAAGUUUGCCUGUGAGAACUAAUGACAGAACAGGACAGAUACCUAGUGCGCAGCGGACGUCCAGUGGUGGCCACAUGGGCUCACCACCACGGAACAAGGAUACAAAACAGGCGUCCACUACUUUUGGGCUAUCAGUAGGUGAUGGUAAUAAAUCGCACAUUGUGUCAAGACAGUCAGAACACAGUGUUUCAGGUGGUUUAACUCAUCAUGGUAUAAGUCGUAAAGGAGGUCAUGUGUUGGGCCCAAUUCAGGUCAAAGGCAAGAGUGAUCUGACAAAGGCGAGUCGUGUGAAAGACGAAAAACAGAAACAAGAAACUAUGCACAUCAAGGAAAAGGAACCUGGACAAGCUGCUAGCCUAAAACAAGUGAAAGAGCCUUCACCCUCGAUAAAGACAGAAAAUAUUCUGAAUUCUAAGAGCCGAGAAGCAAUUGUUCAAAAUAAAGGAACAAAAGGAAACAGCACAAACCCUCAUCAAGCAAAGCUGACAAUCACAGAACCUACAAAACCCAAAAAGGUCCCUACAUCUAGUGAGACGCUAAAGACGAUACCUAAGAAUCGCUCAGAUGGUGUUCCACUCAACAAUCAAGCAACUUUAACAAGGACCAAGACAGUAAUGGCACCCAUAGCAUCUAAUGACAAACUAAAAGUCAGUGUGAAAACUCAUAUAGCCAACAAAAAUCAUCUCAAUGUAACAUCUAAAGAAAGGGCAGAAAAAUCAACUUUGAGAGAUGAGAACAAGAGCGCGAUAAAAGCAAACAAGCCCAAGGAAAGCGUUGCCUUAAAAAGGAAAGACACUGCAAAACAGAGGAAUACACCAUCCAUAGAUGGCCACAAAAAUCGGACGAAGGGACGAAAAGGGACGAAAAAGUUCUCUAAGGUGUCUUCAAAAUUCGAGGUCAUAGAUGACCUUAUGAAGUUUGCCUAUCGCAAAAAAUCAGUAAAAAAUAAAGUUGAACACUCUGUUGCGUCGGGAAAGAAAACUUCUUCUGGUAAAACGAUUCCUCAGCAACAAGGUCGUGAGAAGGGUUUGACAAAUGACAAUGGUACAAUAAGAGGGAAACAACCGAUGACUCUUCAUUCUACUAAAACUAAGACAAUUUAUCCUGUGCAUCGAAAAAAGGUAAUUAUCAACCAUCUGCAAUCUUCUGGUAAGCUGGCAGCCAAAAAAUCACAGACAACGGCAAGUCCCCCAGUUUCACGUCAUUUUCCACUUACAACGCAAUUCCAUGCAUCAUCAAAAAAGAACGGUUCUUCGUCGUCUACUCUUCCCUCCAAAGCUCAUCUCCGAACGCAGGAAACAAAUCCUCCAGAAAGAAAUCAAAACACCUAUAACAGAGCAUUUCUUUCAUUAAAACAACGCAGUAACGAGCAAGUGUUGGAUAACAAGAGUGAACUCUUGGCUCAUUUCCGUAAUGUGAACGGUAGUGAUGGUGUUGAGUUUUCAUUUAAAACUAGUGGUAGCCACCACAAAGAAAAACACUCGAAGCACGAUUUGUCCUUUGACCUGGAUGAUAUAGGAGAUGCUGAUUUCGACAUAAUGAUGUCAAAUGAUAUCCCGCACAAACAUUUACCUGAAAAGAAAAAGGUUAUACAAUCGAGGGAGAAGCACACGAAGAGUUCUGACGAAAAGCAGCAUGACCAUAGUCCAGAUAGCCUUAAAAAGAAAAGAAAGAACAGUGAUGGAGAACUGAGAAAUAAGGGAGAGGACAAAAGUGAAGAAUCAGAGCCGGAUUCUGAAACACACCACUCGCAUCACAAACACAAGGAAAUAACUAACGAUGUCAUCACCCGCAAACGUCAUCAUCAUCAUCAUCAUCUCCCCCUCAAAGAAACUGAUAAUAAUGUUGACAGUAACGAUCGCGAUGAAACCCAUUUUUCCAAAAAGGAUGAGAAAGGUAGGAGCCAUGAUGAGAAGAAAUCACACCAUCAUGACAGACACGAUACAUCUAACAGUGCUGAUGAGAAGGACAGUGAACGCGUGCAUCACCAUCAUAAGAAGCACAGGCAUCGAGCCACGGCAGCUAGAAAGGAUGACUUUAGCGAUGAUAAGGACAAUGGUGAAGACUCUAAAGUUAAAAGUGACCAUAAAAAGAGAAGGAAAGAACGUGAUAAGGCCAAAAACGAUGAUAAAUCAGAGAAAGGUGAAAAGGUUGAACAUCAUAACCAUCGCAGUCACAAAGCACAUUCGAAGAAGUAUGAUAACAAUGACUGGGAAGGGAAUAUCAUUCCUGGAAAAGUAAAGCUUGUUUAUGAAAAAGAUAGUGACAGAAAACGACAUCAUAAACAUAAGACUCGAAACGAAGAGGAAAUAAAUCCCCACAAACGAAAACAUGUUUUCGAGGCAAAGAAAAGUCGCGAAGAUUCUGAAAAUAACAAAGACGAUCAUUCUCAUCAAGAACAUCAUACUGAAAGUGAUGAUUAUAACCAGCACAAAAAGUAUGCCAAAGACCACGAAGCUGUGAAAAAAGAUGAUUCAGAAGAAAAACUAAAGAUUAAAAAUGACAAUGAAGAAGAACACGCAGAGAAAAAGAAGGAAGUGAAUUACGAAGCGAUUAAAACCGGACGGCAUAGGUUUGUUCAACACGAAGACGAUAAUGAAGGAGAGACCCAUCAGGGAGAUGAUUAUGACAGUGAUCGUGAAGACGGUAGUUCGUGGACAAGUAAAAAAGAUGACAAAGACGAUGAAAAUGAAAAGAGCAACGACAAUGAUAACAACAGCGAUGAACGUGGUAAGAGCGACGACAGUGAAGAUGCGAAUGAGAAUGGUGCUGAUGACGAUGUUAAAGAAGAACGUCCUAGUAAAGAAACCAAGAAGAAUAUGGUUGUUUUAGGCGAGGAUUCUGACAGUGACAAUGAUGAUGAUGAUGAUGAGGCGAAACAUUCCAGAAAAGUUCAUGAAAGACGUCAUGGUCACAGGCACGUGACCGAACAUAACAUCGAUGAACAGGAAAACGAAAAGGAUUAUUUGGAACAUAAAUACCACGAGGAAAAUCAUAAAUCUGCUCUUCAUCAUAGGCGUAGACAUAAAUAUCAUAGGCAUUUGAAAGCAAAACAUAGACAUCACGAAUUUGACUAUGAGAAUAAGGAAGAUGAUUUUAACGGUGAAAAUGAUGACGAUGAUGAGGCAGUAGGAAAGGCAGACAGGAAAGAAAAAGAGGAUGAAAUACGAAGAGAUCACUACGACAAGAAGAGAAAUAGAAAGAAGCAACGUUAUCAUGACACAGCCGAGAGCUCUGAAGAAAACAAGGACUAUCGCGCCAGAAAAUUUCACAGGUCACAUCAUCGUCAUCAUCAUUUAAGACCAGUUGUUGACAUUGAUAGAAUCAAGGAGAGGCCUGCAGACGGAUACGAACCAGAUGACGAAAAAGAUCAUGUCGUGAACGACGAAGAACACGAUGAAGAGGAGAAAUUUCCAAGGCGUCAUCGUACUCAUGAACACGGACCCGCUGAAGAAGAGAACAAUGACGAAAAUUUUCAACGGGAAAAAGAAGGCUCUGAUGAUCAUUUUGCCCCACCUGAACAUGACAGAGGAAGGUGGAAGUUCAAGCCAGAAGAGUAUCACAGAGAAUUUAAAGGCGCUUCUCAUCAACUCGAUAAUCAAGAUUUUUCCGUUAAUCGCUUUAUGGGAGAAGAAAAUCAUAAAGGUUAUCAUCACAACCGUCGUCCGGAAUAUAACUUACGACCCAAAUUUAAGCCGAGAAAGAGAAAAAAGGAAAGAUGGAAGAGUCGUUUUUACUAUAAUGAUAAUGAAGAUCCGGAUUAUGAGGAUUCAGGUGGAUUAUUUGACUCGUCUUCAUGGACACCCAAUGAGAAUUACGAUGAUGACGAUUUUUAUGGUGGGGAGGGUAAUCAUGAAAGGAGGCAUCAUCGAAAAAAACACGGCAAAUACAAGAACCGCAAAGACAGGCAAAGCUAUGAAUACUGGGCUUACGGCAACCAGUAUCCGUACUACUACGGUUACAAGUACCACAGGGUUCGAUCCAGGUACCAGAAUAACCAGCGGCAACCGAAUCCAUAUUAUGACUGGCAUAACAGAUACAGAAAUUACAAUGGAUGGAAAUCAAUGCCCUCACAUUGGUAUUCGAACAAACAACCGUGGGAUGAGACCCGGUCAUGGCGACAUCAUCCAAAAUGGACACAACGAUUUGACGAUUACAAGCCAACAGGUUACCAGUGGCACAAGUUUUACGAUAACAACGAUGAUUAUCGUAAUAGAAAUCAACCCAGACCCACUGCAUACCCAAGAGAGGCGUCCACCUUUCUGCCACCCACGAGCUCAAUAUGGCAAAAACAGCUUGAUGCUACUCAUAGAGGGUUUAUAGGAGAUAAGGGGCUGUCUCAAAAUCGGGAACCUGGUAAUAAUUAUCAAGACUGGAGUAGAUAUAAACCGUCUGCUUCUUUAAAUCAGGCUUCAAGUAGGUACGGUCCACAGCAGCGUCCGCUAGCCGGUUUUCAGCCGCGACCUAAUCCAGACGCUGUGAAGCCAGCGGACCAAACUCAACCGUUGGGAAUAGUGUCAAAUUAUGUUCCUCCCGCUUCUCAACAAGGACCAGGUCGGAUCGACAAUCAGACGAAGUUUCGUCCAACGGUUAGGCGGCAGUAUGCAGGCACCCCACCUCUCAAGGUCUUAACACCAACAAAUGAUUUUAUAAAAAUAAAGAAUCUUAUGGAUACGUUGAACACUUCGUCCUCGGCUACCAAUAUCCAGCCACCUAGCAGCGUCACAAGUAAUGUUCAGAACAACGCUAACAUAAAGAACGGUCUCCCCAAGGUAAAUGUUUCCAGUAGUAGUCAGGAUGAAGAUCAAAAGCGUCUGAAUGGCUUCUUCAAUGAAGAAAAUGGAGGAAAGAAGUCAGACAUUUUACGGCCAAAGAACAACAGUCAAGGACAGGCUGCAACGAAUGUCUUGGGUAAGUGAUGUGUCAUGCGUAUUCAUUUAAGAGGAGAAAAUUGUGGUUUUAAUCAUUUCACAUGUAUCUUUUGGUAAAAACUUGAGAGGCUUCGUAACAAUUUUUAAUAGGAGAUUUAAUCUCUUUCUAUUCUCAUUCUUUACAUAGAGAUUUGCCUGGAAAUGGGGUUAUACCAAUAUUCAUAAAAGGGAUGCUAACAAUCGUUGUGACGGUCCAAGGUUCCAGUUGCUAUAAGGCGGAACGAACGUUAACUUAGGGUUAAAUUGCUCACUUACGAUUGGAAUUAUUGUCACUUGUCUCCUCUCAUCCAUGACGUUGCAUUAAAUUAGCAAACCGUCUAACGCCCCAGCCUGCGUCACAGACGUAAUUUAACCUUGUUUAGUAACGUCUGCGAAGCAGCGCCGAGAUCCUUGUUCUGGGCCCCCAACUCGAACUUCCUUUCAUCUUGAUUGGAAGAUCGACAAUGGCCUUUAAACAGGCCAAUCAUGGCGCGUACUCAAAUCCUGGUACUCAGGCGGGGGGAUAGAACACGGAUUUAAGCGCUGCUUCGCAGGCAGACUUAUCAAACCAGAGUUUAGUCUCGUCUGUAAAGCAGGCUGUCUAACGCUUGAAAUGAAAGAGUUCUCUUGCAAUCUCCGUUGCAGUUAAGAAUAAUCAAACGGAACAACAUACCGUACCCAAGACUACCAGCACCCCUGCUCCUGCUAAGUUAGCACCCCAGCCCACCAAAGCUGCUGAUAAAACCAGCAUAACUCAUACCAUCCCGAUAGAUACCACAACAAACAACCACACCAACACAACAAGCACACCGAAACAGGAUGCGCAGACAAGCUCGACAACAGCUGCACCGACGCAAAAGAGUACAACGGAACAAAGCACCGUUGCCCCGAACAUUGGAGACGUCUCCCAAUCGGACGAUUCGUCAGGUACAGUGAAAGUUAAUGCUGAAUACCACACGGUAUUUAUAGAAGUAGACGAGAAUGUUCUUUAUUAUGUGGCCCAAACUGCAAGCGGGCAAAAUGAAGCGAAUGCUGUGUCCUGUUGGCUUACCCUCUCGGAAUUUUCUGCUUUGAUUCCGCUAGGAAAAGUUCUGUUCCUAGCCAUAUGUUAAAUCCUUUAUUGACCAGGCUGACUUGGUCAAGGUGGCUGGAAAUUGCCCUCGUUCGUUUUUGCGUUGUUAUUGACCUGGACUUGGCCUCGUCCAUUAAAACGCCAAAUAAAGGAAUUUGGCCGAUAUCCAGCAAUCUUAAUCUCAAGCUUGAACAUGAAAAUUCAGCGUUGAACUUGAAGAGGUGCGAAUUUUUUUGAUAGUCAUUACAAAGUGUCCUCGUGAAAAGUUCCUUCUCUUCUUCCUAGAAACAGGAAAGAAGCAUCGCAAACAUCGAGCUCCCGUAUGCAUUGCGGGAAAAACCACAGAUGACGUUACUCUGCUACGAGGAAAAAAGGCGGGAAAUUUUACGAACAUUGGUGACGUGGGCGAUUUCGGUAUGUGCAUUAAGCGUUGCUGUCAGCAAAAAAAUUGUGACCUGGCAUUCAAAUCGUCAGAGACCUGCUUCCUGGUCAGUUGUUUUAGUAAGGAGUCGUGCAAGACCUCGCCUUCCCUGGAUGAUAUAUUUAGUCCCCGGAUGUGUUUCGUCAGGAGGCAUUUGCUGCAGAGUGAGAGAGGUAAUGAAUAACAUUAAGCGCUGUGUAAGUUGCAAAGCCCGACUUCCAUAGCUGAAAAAGAAGAAAGGAAACAAAAAAACACAAUAUAACUGGAAUGAAUGUCUUUCACCCAGAUCCUCAUACAGUAUACAUCAACACACGACUUAACGUCGGAAUGAUUGUUUGUAGUUUCGAGAAUGUAUGAAUCCCCAGACUGUGAAAACUAAACACAAUACACAAGCUCUAUUUUCGAACGCCUACGAACACCUCUCUAUGGCGCAAAGUUCUCCUUUUCCUGAAAGUGCCAAUCACUUUUCCUGCAAAAAUUAUGCCCCGACAUCCUCUUUGAGUAUUCUUCAAUUGCCCUUAUCUAUGUUUACGUCAGUCUCGAGUACAUGCAUUUGACUACCAGGCCCAGGUUGUUCAAAAGUUGGAUAGCGCUAUCCAGAGGAUACGUAUCACGAAAAACAAUUGUGCUAUCGAUCCUUUGGAUAGUAAUUUAUCCAGUGGACAGCGCUAUCCACCUUUCGAACAACUGGGGCCUGGGGCGCGUUUCUCGAAAGGCCCGAUAACUUUGCGGGCCCGAAAAUUUAAAAAUUUUAAAAUCAAAAUGUGUUGAAUAGUCGCACAGUUCCUAACUCACAAACCAGUCUAUUUUGUUUCGUUAUUGGAUAGUUUCAUUUGAUCUUUUUUAAACCCAUUGAUACAUUGAUCUUGAAUGUAAACACGGCAAACAAAAACAGCUUUCCGGGCCCAAAAAGUUACCAGGACCUUGGAGAAACGGGUCCCCGGCCUUGUUUCGAACCUGCAAAUUUGCAAAGUUUUACAUAAACGAGCUCCCAAGGCAGUAGAGUUGAAAACAAUACCCAUGCACAAAGUUUAAAAGUGCAAAACAUUUUCUUUAGAAGGUGAACAAACGCAUUCGGUGUAUGGUUACAGCAUUUAUUGACGUUUUGACCCUAUCCAUUGCCAUCUGACAGCAUUCGUUGCCUUUUGAUAGCAUUUAUUGCCAGUUGGAAGUAUUUAUUGCCCUUUCAAAGUAUUUAUCGCGCCAUUCGCUGUCAUUGCCUUUAAAAAGGCCCAUUGUUAACUCAGUGAUAGAAAUCAAAUUUAUUAUUUUUCAGGGAGAGGUCAUGACGAUGACGAUGAUGAUGAAUGGAACGAUAAAGUUUCUCCAUCGGGUAUGUAAUUAUAUAUAGUACUUUGAGUAUAAGAAAUACGGGAUAUUAGAGAAGGUUAAGUUCAAGGGAGCUGUCGAUUCCGUCUAAAAAGAAAAGGCCCAAAAACUUGCUACUCAACUAUGCGAAGAAAGAAAGCUUUUACAAGUCAUCAUUAAAAAGCGCUUCGCACACUCUGAGCCAAUCCUGGUGGACAUUGGGCAUGAGAUAGAAAAGGAACGAUUGAUCGCUCAUGAUCACAUCAUUCUAUUACUACGGUAGCUAGAGGAAAGCUUUAGUCAUCUGAGGACUGUUGCCUUCUCUGCACGAGACUGAAGCUAACGGAACAAUUUUACACUUGUGUACUGAGUAUCCUGGCCUUGAAUGGAAGCGAGGCUGAUGGUGACCUUGUUAUGAUAAGCCCUCAGUGCUUUUUAAUUGUAAAUCACGUUCCUAAGGCUUCUAUCAAAACGUGAUUACUCCCAGCCUCGUUUUCACUCAAAUAAGGCUUGGUUACUGGCCAUACAACUGGGAAUUAGGGUUUGCAACUUGUAUUAUAUUACUUUGAUUUUUUUAGGAAUUCAGGAGGAGUGUGAGGCCGAAAGAGCUUUAGGGAUAAUGUGGACGAAAACAGGAGCCGGGCAUUAUUCAAGACACCCGUGUCCACGUGAAGCUAAAGGUAGGGGAGACCCCUGGGGGAGACCGCUAGGUAGGGCUCGGGGUCAGGGUCACAAGGAGGAAACCAAACACCUGGGGAGUACUUUAAAAUAUUUAGGUGAGGCUUUUCUCAGGGCCUUGGAACCCCUACCCCGCCUUAGACUAAUCAAAGCUCAAAAUUAAUUUGAUACCAUAUCUCAGACCAUAGUUAGUAGAGGAGACUGGUCUUGGAGGGUGAAAACGUCAAAGAUGAAUACAACGGAGCUGCAGUUUAUAUUGAGCGCUACCUGGCUGCACAAUCGUUGUUUCAUUCCUGACAAACUUUGACUUAAUAAAUUAAUUCGACAUUUCUAUCGGUCACUGAGUUAGAUCAAAAUGAUAAGAAUUACGUGCAUGGUUAACUUCCUCAAAAAACAAGUAGAUAUAAUAACAUCGUGUAUUGGGCUUCAUUAUAACUGCAGUUUAUUAAAUAUGCUAGAAAUUAAGAGUUUGAAUUGUAACAGGCUCCAUCUCAAACCCAUGGAGAAAAGAAUUACUUCAACAUCGUUUGUACUUUCGCGUAUUCAAAGUAACCUGAUUUGGAUAAGCUGAAAUUCAUAAAAUAACUAACGGGCAUAAGAAAAUUACGUCUUUACCCAGAUAUUAAAACUGAGUUUGAACGGUAUUUAACCAAAUGACAUUGUAAGCAGUUUUCAGUCUUGCCAACCGUGCCUUCUAAACAUUUUUUGUUGUUAACAGUAUAUUGAAAGCUUACAACCUUGAUAGGAAUUUUUUUUAUCCACUUACAAAUACGCUACUAUUGUGGAAAACCUUUUGGGACCACUGAUUUUCCUUUUUCUUUUCUUUUUUUUUUUUGCCAACUCAAAUUCCUCUUUUUUUCUUUUAACUAGGUUUCGUUAAGCGACGUUGUGAGGCUGAUUCAAGAUGGCUGCCGCCAAAUUUUAGUGAUUGUGUUUCUAAUGAUUAUCAAGCGCUAUUUGAAAAGGUAAAACAAAAUAACCUUUCAAAUUUUCAGCGGACUGAACAUAAAGCAAACGGGUAAAGGAGAAAAGUAUUUUUAGAUUAAAAGCAUUACAUUGAAGUACAAAGUCAAUGGAGCGUUUUCACAUGACGUCACCGACAUAUUGGUGUCCCAAAACAAUUUAACGGCGCCCAUAUUGGUGUCCCAAAACAAUAUAACGGCGGCCAUGUCGCUGUCCCAAACUAGUGCUGUGGGAGUUGAACCCUUUUCUUGUAAAUACUUUCUUUUGUCACAUAGAUGCUGGUCACGUGAGUGUAAACGUUCUAUAAACUCCAUCAGGGGUUAAUUUGGUGAAACUUUUACAAUUAUAAUUUACAAGUGUAGCUAUUAUUUUAAGGUCUGAAAACAAUAGCUACAUUUGUAAAUUACACUUGUAAAAGUUUUAUUAAAUUUACUCCUGGUUUAAAUUUCACUUAGAACAAUACAAUAGCUUAAAGCAAUUGGAUUAACAGUUCCCAAGAGGGGACUGCCAGUUACAAUGUUUUAAGAAUUUUCAUCACAGGUUCACCCUUAAUUAAAAAUACAACUCUGUCUUAGCAACAAAACGAAUCUUGUAUUUUUUCGAACGUACAAAAUUUAAUAAUAACAUAACAUACACCCAAUGCAACAAUGGCUGUUGGAUUAUUUUGUUUUGAUUAAAAUUAGCCUGACUAGCAUCGCUUGAGAUAAGCUAUUCUUUUGAAUUUUUUACUUAAGAAUGAGGCCGGUAAGGCUGACUUGAAUAUAGUACAAAAGAACAUGAACUGCUCUUGCCAUUUUUAAAUUGGGUUUAUUGGUUUAUUGUUCACUUCGGGUAUGUAUACUCUCAUCAGUCUAGAAAGCUUGCCGGUGGUGCCGACCCCAGUCCCCUCAUCCGGGAGCUCUCGCUGCUGACCACUCAAAACAUCGAUAACUCAUUGAUCUUUGGGGGAGACCUGGACCGAGCUUCAGAUAUCAUGGCAGCCAUUGUUCAACACAAUGGUCAAACUGAUUCUCUGGACAUGACACGAGAGGACGUAGAGGUAACAAUUAUUGUGGUGGAAAGACGUUCAUACCAUAAAUGAUCUAAUUGACGCCCACUCUUAGAUAAACGUCUCUUGUAUAACGGCCGCACCCCUACCUCUAGUGUUAAAUUUGUACAGGAACCCCCUGUCCAAUAGACGACCUCCCGUGACAAUUACACCACAAUAUAAAAAAGGAGACAAAUGAGAAAAAGUAUCUUCAAUUUAUUCAGUUACUUGCUUGAUUAGCCUGUUCAAUGUCAAGUUCAAAGAAGUUUAAAGAUAACAACACAAAAAUGACCCUGAAUUAGGUUUCUGACGUACCUCUUUAAAUCAGAACUGUUAGUCACGGACUGGGUGGAUUUAUAGCCCAAACGCGAAAAGUACGAGCCCAUGAAACAGGGGUGGGGCUGGAGGGUCUAAAGAGGCAGUUAUGUAGUUGUUCAUGCAUAUCCACAAUAGUGCGUAAGGAAUUUUUCUCACCGCAGGGAGACUAAAGGCAGGAUAAAACGGGCAAAAAAAACUUGCAACUUGUUGGGCAACAUUGCUGCAAAACGAGUUGAAUAACGAUAAUACACGUUUUACGCCCACGUUCAAACUUGUCUUGCAUCAAAUCAGGUUGUUGCAGAAAAUAAAGAGUACUUCUACUUUUUACAAUAAAAUCUGUGUAUAUUGCGCGUUUUUACCGGCCCAAGGCAAACUUGUUUUGCAGCAAGUGACGUAACUUUCGUGUAUGACGUUACUCCCUCGUAGUUUUAUCCAAUCAGAAGUCAGUAUUCACACUACUUGCAGCAAACGCGUAACAUCGUUUUUUAACUCGUUUUGGGACAAUGUUGCAAAAUAAGUCACACUUUUUUGUCCGUUUUACCAUAGCUUAAGAUACGUGUGCCAAAACUUGCCACGCGGAAGGAAGACUUACACCGAAGGAAGGCUAUGGUACAUGCACCAAAACUUUAGUCUGGAAAUGAAGAAAUCCAUUAGUUUUUUUGUAUAUUUGAACAGAAUUUUGUCCGGGCAAGCAGCAAUCUCCUGGAUAUGACUAAUCAACAAGAAUGGUUCAACAUCCAGAAGGUAUGACAAAUACGCAAAGAAUCUAAAGAAAAAGGUCUAUUUCGCUAUAAAGGAGCAUCUAAAGCCAAAGUUCUAAAAACUCUUAAGAACCAUGCCUCCAAGUUUUGUCUGAAAAAUAGGAGAUUUAUAGUGCGUAAAAAGCUCUGUAAUAUAUGGCAAUAAGUUAUAAUUUCCACAUUAUAAAUGCUGGAAAUUGUUUCUUGUGAUCCGAAAUGCCUUGUUUUAUUACAACUGCUUAUUAGUUACUCCCAUUCGUUUUUUUAUUGAUUUACUUAGUUAUUUAUAUUUUUUUUGCUUCAUAUUCCUGUAUAUUUAAAUUCUAAUUGAUGCCAGAUAUUAUUAAAAACGAGCGGCAGUGUUUCAUUAGAAACAUAAACCCCGGAAAAAAGGCUAGCAAAAGCGAGGCACCUAUUAGUUUUUCAAUCGGUUAAAAAUUGAGUUUUAUAUUAAAAUAAUCAAUUAUUCUUUACGCAAAGCGAAAUUUUAUGGUUACGAAAGUGAUUUUCCCCGUUUUUCUCUCAUGAAUUAUUUACGACUUUUUGUAUUCGAGUCAACUUAGAAGUUAUAUCGCGUUUAAUUCUCAGAAUAAACCAGGAAGUGCAGGUGUGCUUCGAUUAAUGGAAAUGUUCGCACUUCAGGCUGCGAGAAGACUUCCUCGGGAAGAUAUGGCAGAUCCAGCCAUCACCAAUAACAUCAGUGAGUUACAGUUAAUGAUACUCCUAAGGUUUUCUAUUGAAGUGUUCUUGUGUCAAAUGUCAGCAAUAGCGAUUGAUAUUUUGCCUGAAUAAGUCCGACGCGCAGCGUAGGCAAACAGAUGACUUACCGUAGACUGGCACACAUGCAUGAUAUCCUAAACUGAUAGUGUAAAACUUUGCAGCAUUACCGACUGAAGCAAGGCUUAUCCCAUGAGCUUGUGUAGCACACACUGUGUAGCUUCAGUGAAGCAUCCUUCACAAGAAAAACUUUGCUACCGGAUUUGACAAAUACAGAUCUUUUUCAUUUUGGUUUUUUUAUAUGCCUGCCUAAGCUAUCGUCAAAGUUUGCUUGUACGAGGUUGCUAAUUUAUUUUUCAACUCAGCCUAUCGUUUCGUGACGUGUAUUUUUUGCCGUAGUCAUCAAGUUGGACCGGAAGUCGCCUGGUGAAGGCGGUCUGACCUUCCCAGACUUCUCCAAUCCAAGAAUUGACCGCUGGGAUGCAAGGCAUGACGUCAUCGCCCUACCUUCGUCUGUGUUUGAUCAGGGUAUGUAGCUGUAUGUAACAAAAUUCAUUAUGUGAAAGGUUUGAACCCAGGAGUCAUUGCAAAAGUAGGUUGAGUUUGAUCGUCCGCGUGAACGUAGUCCUGAAUAGGACUGUUGUUGUUGACAGUGACUGACGUUUCGACAACCUGUGCGGUAGUCAUCUUCAGAGGCAAAGUGAAGACCCACCGUGGAAGAGAUCUGGAGGUCCAAAGAUUCGUUAAACCGCGGCUUAAGUUAUUCUUCGUUUAAAUAACUGACCCUUGGACUUUUAAGUGAAACACUCCCUUGAGUGUUUGAUAUGGCCUCUCGAGCUAUUGUGUGCCGCGAGUUUUAAUAAGACACGUCCGUUAUUAUAAGAAUCCCUUCACUGCAGGACGUGUUGAAAAAUCUUUUAUUUCUUACUGCUUUUUUUUUCCUUAGGCGAAGUAAGUACAGCCAGCAUCAACUUCAAAAGUUUACCUUAUUUACUUCCCGACACGAAUGUUAGGUACGUUAACACGCCUUCUUCUUGUUUCACAUGUUUACUAGAAACGUCGUGAGUUAUCUCGUAUAAAUAGUCAAGAAUCAUUGCUGUUGCUAAUGGAUACAUUUUUUCAGAAUCACGUCAACUGCCAACCAUAAACUUCAGAUUCAAUUAGACAAUUUAAUAUUAGAAAAUCAGUGGAUAAAAACUAUCAAAACUAAUUCUUAUUGAUAAAUCUCGGAUGAGACUAUUAAUAUUUGAGUACCAUUAGUAAUGAGUAGUAAUCUACAAGUAAAAGGAAAACUUGCGAUGUGGUACAAAUGAGCGUUUCGGCUUUUUGUUGUAAACAUAGUUCUAAAUCUCUCUAACUAUCUACUCUUAUAACUUCCCGGAUUGAGUAAACACUGAUUCUGGAGGGGAAAUAGAAAGUGCACUACAAAUUUAUGAGGCCGGCGUGGAGCAGCCAUAGCUUUGGGAAUAUUAUUGUACCAACCUUCACCUAUGAAGUCCAACGAUAAAUACGUAGACCACACCACCCCUCAAAGGGAUAAAUCACAUUUCAGGAACUUACUCUCUAAGGGCCUGUUUGCGUGGAGGUAUGUGACCCCAGAUCGGUGAGGUAAAAUGUGGCGGGUCACCCCACCUAUCAUGUAAACGUGAUCAAAUUAAAAUGAGAGAUUAUAUGGACAGACGGGUUACCCCACCUAAGCGGGUUACCUCACCUACCUGGGAUCCCCCACCUCCAUGUAAACAAGCCCUAAAAAGUAUCCUUUUUUCACAGUUCCGGUCUUGGUCCUAAUUCCAAAGUGAUAUCCAUAGUGAUGCACCCCCACCCGCAGGGGAAGAUCACCCCUCCCGUGACAGUAGUUCUUACCCAUAUCAAGGUAUUGUACGCCAUAAAACUUGGCCUCGGUACUGCAUGUCUCAAAAUGCGGUAAAUUAUAAAUAAGUACUCCUCACAUUGUUUUAAGCAAAAAGGUAAUGGACACUUUCAACCACUCUUUCGGUACAUUUUUUUCUAUGAUAUUCUUCAAUUGUUAAUCCGUUAAUUCUUCAAUUAUGGUUUCAAACAAUACCCAGUUAUUGUUAAAAGGAACUCGAGAAAACCUAUUUUUCUUCUUGGCCAAUUAUACUUUUCCAAAAGUAAUGGAAUGCCUGAGGCUAUUUUUCUCGUACACUUUUUGCUUUUCUUUAUUCAAUUGUUUGUUUUUACUACUGGAUGCGAUUAUCUUGUUCGAGAAAUCUUUUGACCUCAGGUGUUUUAUCAUUAUCAUUCUUACUUUCUUCAUCUUCAUCUCAUCGCAUUUGCAUUUGCACAAUCAUUAUCAUAAAAAAUUAUCAUCAACAUCGGCAUAAUUUUUUUUUACAGAGGAGAAGAGGAAAUCCUAAAUGCGUUUUUUGGGAUUACACAUUGAGGUAAGAAAUAUUAUAUAUGCUGUAAUUUUUUUUUUUGGUGGUAGGGCAAAUUCGAUUAAUUACAGACGUUUUAUUAUUUUCAUCUAAAAACAAUAAAGAAGGAUAUGUGGAUAGUAAUCUUCAACUCUUCGCUAGAUCUCAUCAGAAAACCAGAGAAAUUCAAGAACUUGAAUAAGUAGAUGCAGAGGCAAAGUUAACUUUGCGAAAAAUAACAGUGGGUUUCUUCUGUAAGUACCGAGACGGUACCUGCAGAAUGACCCUGACAAUGUUUAUUUCAUCACCAGUCCCCAUAGAGGCGGGGCGUGGUCGUCACGUGGUUGUUGGUUGGCGUUCAAUAAUCAUUCUCACUCGAUCUGUCAGUGCAGCCAUCUUUCAAACUUUGCAGUUCUUAUGGAUCUCUCAUCGGACGAGGUAAGACUUGUCACUGGCUAGUCCAAUCAAAUAAUCAAACUGAUGAUAAAAAUCCUCCUCACUGAGAAAAUUUAAGGAGCUGUGUAGCGACGCACGUCAACCGGAAGUUAAGCUUUCUCCCUUUUUAUAUGCCUUGACGCUAACAAAUUUGUAUUGCUAAGUUUCUUUUCCAUUUUUAAGACGAUUUACCAGAGAGUUUAAACCAAACCACUUCCCAAUGAUGCAAAAAGUCCACCUCCGGUUGACGUCCGUCGCUCAAAAACGCUGUUGCUUAAGCUCCCUAAAAGCUGCCUAAUAAUGGCUCAAAACAUGUUUAAAAGGUAUAAAUAGCACAGCAAAUACAAAAGGAGGCACAGGUGGUCAAACGUGAAGAAAACUUGUUAGCUUCACAGUUUUUCCGGCAAAGUUCAUUCUUUUUGUCUUCAACGUUUAAUAAAAUGCUUGGGAGACACUAUAAAGUGUUUAACAUGAAGAAGUGAGCUUGUCAUUUGCAAGUAAUUUCUUUGCUAACGUUAAAUUCCAACUCCAAACUGACUGCUCAAAACGUUAAAAGUAGGAUUCACAUUCAGAUUGUUUAUUUUUUACUACAAAAAUUACAAUACAUUACAAAAGUUGGAAAAUAUAAACAACAAAUUACAUAAAACAUCAAAGGUGUGAUGCGCGCAGUGACCAAAGGAACUCAGGCUUUCGAGUCGGUCACUGUCACUGACUAACUGGCAUAGACAUUUACAUAAAUAUUACAAGUAACUUAUAAAGGAGGAAGGAAAAUUAAAAGUGCAUAAAGUCUUACUUACAGUUUUAUAUGAAAACAAGUGUUAACAUGUGUAACAUAAGCAUGAAAUUACAUACUAGGACCUACCGUCCACGGGUAAGAUGAGACGUUUGGUCCUUGUGGUUGUGAUGCAACUCACUAGGAUCAAAAGUCUUGCGUUCUAAUACCUCCUUAGCCAUUGCAUUUCUUUUUUUUUUUUUGCAAUAUCGAUUUAUUAUUGACUUAAAAUUGAACCAAUCGAAACCUCGCUGAAAUUUAAUGGCCAAGAGGAAUGCUAUUAAAGAAGAUCUAAAAUCAGGGAGUCGUUUUCGCUUUAGAAAGCUUUUAAGGGCCUGUUUACAUGAAGGUGGGGGACCCCAGAUAGGUGAGGUAAAAUUUGGCGGGUCACCCCACCUAUCAUGUAAACAUAAUCAGAUUAAAAUAAGAGAUUAUAUGGACAGGCGGGUUAUCUCACCUAAGUGGGUUACCUCACCUACCUGGGGUCUCCCACCUCCAUGUAAACAGGCCCUAAAAGAAUCUGUCAUCUCCAAAUAUUGAUUGGUGUACUUAAUAUGCAGCUAAUUGUGUUCACAGCCGUCGUUUUGUCUGGCUUCUUUGUUCAUUCGUUGGUGUAUUUGUUUAUUUAUUACAGCUUAUAUAUUUCUUCUUUGUGUGCAUUUGUUUAUUUAUAACAACUUUGAUAUCUAGUUACUUUUCCGCAUGACCCAGCCACUCAGUGCGAUUAGCUUUUGCUAUUUCUGAGUGGCGGUGCUCUCUUUUUUUCACAAUUAUUUCCUUUUAAUGUCUUUACACUUUUUGUAUCAAGAGCAUAAUAAAGAUUGUUGUUGUUGUUGUUAAAAUAUAGUCUACGGAUAGUUGUAAUACAUCAUAAAAUUACGGUGUUAUAGUAAUGCAGAAAAUACGGCAGCAGGCGCUUGAAUUUGUCCAUCUCGCUUUUGGGUAGAAAUAGGUGCUAUAAGUUCAAAUUAACAGCAGCACUACUUAGAGGUUUUCAACGGAAUGAAUACUUUACCGUAAAUUUAAUACAAUCACUUCUUUUUACAUAGAGUUUGCAAAAGGAACAAAAGAGAGAACGGACCAUGGCUCUCAUGUGGAUUGGUAUCCCCGUGCUGAUCGUCGGAGUCAUUGGAGGAUUGUACAUGUCCUUUAGUUGGUAAGAUUCCGUAAUGUAGAGGACAAAUAAGACGCUUAAAACACCGUUUCUUAUUUAACAUAGCUAGAUGUCAACCCUUUCUAAAUAUAUUUUUUUGAAUUACUAGGAAUAGAAAAUCUGGAAUACCCAGCACUGUAACAAGGCCUUCUACUUCGUGUAAGUAUAUUGUUUGGCCAUUUAGAUUGUGUAGUUUCAAACUACACAUGUAAUAUAAACCUCAAUUAACCGUAAUAAAAGUUGUCGGUUAGUUGGCUGUGCAAUUAAUUCUGAACUUUGAUGUCUUUUUUUAGCAAUUCAAAAGAUAAUAGUAGCGAACUAGAAUUUGGACUUGGAUUUUCUUUGCACCGCCAAAGGAUUGUACACGCCUUCAUAAAUUAGAUAGCCAUUCAAAGAGAAGCUGUAACUAUGAAACUAUGCCACGUUAUUCACCGUUCACCAAAUCUAUAAAUAAAUCCUUUUUUUCAAUUGGGUAUUUCAAGUAGCUUCGGGCAAGUCAAGUCCAAUAGAUCGUAUCACUCACGAGGAUACCAGCCAUGUAAAUUUCUUGGAACAAAAGGAAGUUUUUACUCGCAAAAUAGUUCAAUCCCCACAGGAUCUUUUUUGUAGCACCGAUUUGGCCGCCGUUUCAUUGUUUAGGUGCACCAAUAUGUCCGCCGUUUCAUUGCUUAGCUGCACCAAUAUGGGCGCCGUUUAAUUGUUUAGGUGCACCAAUAUGGGCGCCGUUUCAUUGCUUAGCUGCACCAAUAUGGGCGCCGUUUCAUUGUUUAGGUGCACCAAUAUGGGCGCCAUUUCGUUGUUUAGGUGCACCAAUAUGGCUGCCAUUUCAUUGUUUAGGUGCACCAAUAUGGCCGCCGUUUCAUUCGUGAGGUGUACCAAUAUGGCCGCCGUUUCAUUGUUUUGGUGCACCAAUAUUCACUCACUAGUUAACUCUGGCUCAUGAUAAAUUUUAUUUAUUUUACGUUAUUCUAUUAUUUUAUUGUAGUAAAUGAAAAAACUGGUUUGCUCGGACAAAGAGUUGUAACCAGCCAAGUUCGUGAGGAAUUUCCAGCAUCUCCAACACGUGACUUGUAUCGCGCGCUGUCUCCUGGGUAUUCACCGACCGGUGACCUUGAAUGGCAGGACGAAUUUGAUUUUGAUGUUGAGUCUGGUGACCAGAGAUUCAAACAAAUGCUUCUACCGAAGCUUCAGUUGUUGCAGAAUCAGCUGAUUAAUGAGUUCUGCGAUGCCGGCAAAUUCGAGACGAAAAAGAGGAUUUUAAAUUCCAAGGUAAACGCGAUUCCUGUGCUGUUUCCAAAUCAGCCUUGUAAAAGUUCUGAUAUAAAGGACCACUAUAAAUAAUUAAGUGAAAUCCUCAAGAAAUAUCGAGGAAAACUUGAGUGUCUAAUCUUUGAAAUGUUAAUUAUAGGAGAUAAAUUCUCAUAAGAUACAUCCGAGGGUCACAUGCAUUAUUGAUAGUCCGCGGAGACUAUCAACAGAUACCCUUGAAAAACAAAGAAUCGAUUGAUUGAUUGAUUGAUUGGUUGGUUGGUUGGUUGGUUGAACGACUGAUUGCGCUUCACAGUGUCUCCUUCUACCCUACUGCGUGCAUGUGUACUGUUGUUGUUGUUGUUGUUGUAGUUUUUGUUUUUGUUUUUUCGAUUACGUCCCAACCGACUGGUUAUCCUGUUUUUUGCUAUCGUAUGUGUGAUUAUACCUACUGACAUUACACAUGGUGAGUUUUGAUCUAAACACUGUAUUUAGAAAUAUUGCGCUGUUCUGUAUUUCGUAAAUAGCUUGAAGAAAAGACAGAAAUGGAGGAACAUAGUCCAAAUCAGAAAGAAACCGAUACAGUAGUUGAGCAACAAAAGGUAACAUUAACAUUAUGUUUAUGGAGUUUAUAAAUUUAAAGUGAUGAGUCGUGUUUUAUUUAAAGGCAAGUUGUUGUGUUUGUAUGACUGUAAUAAAAAACGAAUAAUUCAUCAUCGACAACAAGAAUGUUUUAUAGGUGACUCUUACGUUUAAAGUAAACUCUUUUCCAAACAGGCCCAACUAAAGCCAACCAAAAUGAGGAAUUCAAUUGAACGUGAACCGUCUCGAAAAAGGAUAAGACAAUCGGUAAGAGAAUGUUCUCUUUUUAACUAUAAAAAACCUUAGAGCAAUAAAAUUGUGAUAUUUUAGGAGCGAAAAAUGUGUCCUCAAGUCUGUAGAUCAAAACUAGAUCUCGGAUCAACAUUAAACUAGGGCUCAGUUUAAUUGUGGCCGGCGAUGCCCCACUCUCCAUCCAGGAGAGGGGUUACGGGUGGUGGGGAAGGGCCAAUUCCAUGAUUUUCACUGCUACGAGACCUUAAAUAACAAAACUACUUGGAAAUAGAUUUCUGUUGGUCAAAAGAUGAAAUCAGCGCCGGUAUUUUACAUGGUAACUUGUCUGCUAAGACGCGGUUUCAUAUUCACAACAAACAUUUCGGGUAACCUAUCCGUGAGAAUUUGUUCACGUCCAUGUAGAUGAAAAGACGUGAAUAGUGAACUAUCAUCAUUAAUAGUAGCCUACGUGUUGCCACACCCUCUCCGUUUUUCUUUUGUCGGGAGAAGGGUGCGGCUACACGUAGGCUACAUUGGUAAUAACACAAUGGUAAAACUAUCCUAAUGUGACACUACGUCUCCUAUUUUCUAAAGCUGUAUUUAUGUUAUUGGAACUUAGUCAAUAUGCGCGAACCUUUAAACACAAUGUUAUCUCUUGUAGAGAACUUCCUCGAGCGCGGAACUUCGAGUACGGUUUGCAGAUGAAAGUCCUCCAAGUAAAAAUCGAACCGAUGAAGAUAAAGAACGCUUUAAAAGGCUUCAACAAAUGGAAAGAAGGUAAUAUUACGCGUGCGGUUGUUUGUUGUGGUCGACGUUUCUCUGUUUCUAUGCCUUUGUUUUUGUUGUUUUUGUAGUUUUCUGUUGUUGUUGGUGUUAAAGAUAAUUCCUUGUGAUGCUAUUAAAACAUACUGACGUCAACUUGUAAGAAACUUCAACUUCAACUUUAUUUAGUAAAAACGGUUUCACAAUCGACUGCAUGGCCCGCAAAGUAGCAAUUGCUAAUUUAGGCGGCCCAGUUGAAAAAAAGAAAAAAAAAUGAAGGGAAGGAAGAUAUUUUAAACUACAAUAAUUCUUAUUUCUGUCAUUGUUUUAUUAUUAUUAUUACAACUAAGAGGAACGAAAAGGAAUUGACGAUAAGAAACUCGGCUGUUUUCAGGAUGUUACUAAAGCUUUGAACGAGAUCGCGAAACGGAAAAAUCAAAAAAGGGAAGCAAUCCUAAUUUAAACCCUGGCGCCAUCAGUAACUUUACCACCCAUGCUCCAUUUUAUUCCCAUUUUUCCUUUUUUCGGUUCCCUGUGGUCGUUACCCCUUCCCCGUUCCUAGUCUUAUGAAUAUCUGCCAUUUUAAAUGUUGUAUAGGUAAUAGCAUCAUUUGUAGUGAUAUUUGGCAUAAAUACCACGAGUGAUAUUUCAAAAUUGUUAUACGUAAUUUCACGAGCCGUUAGGCGAGUGAAAUUUGACACAAUUUUGAAAUAUCACGAGUGGUAUUUAUGCCAAAUAUCACGUACAAAUCAUGCUAUUAUUUGUUUAUACAUGUACUACUACCCGCAAGAGGUUUGUAAUUUUCACAUGUAGGUAUUUCAAAUUAAGCUGAAAUACCACUGCUCUAUAUUUCAGAUUGCAUCAAAUUGCAGAAAAAUGUCAUGUAGUAGUAUAAAUGAUGAAAGCUCUCUCACUUUAUCUUCAAAUCGCGUAUCGUCAUGUACAUGGCAUUCAACAACGACACGUUCUUCUGAUGACUUUAUUACACAGCAUAUAGAGUAUAAAUUUUCAUGGAAUGCUUGGUUAUUCCUCCGAUUUAUUAAGAUAUUUUUAAAAUAAUAAUAUUUUGUUACACAUAACCAGUUUUUAAUUGUUUUUAUGUUUUCAUAACCAAUGAGGCAGCUCACUAAUUCGCUGCCUUUCAUUUAUUUUCCAGAGUUUUCGCUCAAUAUCUUAGCAGAUGGACAGGCAACAGCCAUCUUAACUUAUCAGAAUAG